AUGACUAUGAACAUCUCUAUGGUUUCCCUGAAUAUGACGAACAUUGAGAUUAUGCAGAAAUUAUACAUUGGUCUACUUGGCAUGGCCAACUUCUGGUUACACAAUUUAAGGCGAGCAGAGAUGUCAACCCCAUCAUGUAAUGAAGCAGACGUUGCUACUGCGACUGCAGCGAAGAAUAAUAUCUCGGCAGAAGAGAAGAAUUCCCCGCCUGCUGCUUCGCCGGUCAAAGAAGGCGGCAUUCGAGGCUGGCUACAAGUGAUCGGUGCAUUUUUCAUCUUUUUCAAUAUUUGGUAUGACAAGAACCACGUCUAG